CUCGUAUAUAUAUAACUUCACCCAUAUAUAUACCAAUUCGCAAUGUCGUCUUCUUCUCUCGCCUGGUUGUCCCAAUUGAACACCACCGACACCCCCGACAAGGUGCUCCGUCGUUCCUCCAUCAUCGGAACCAUUGGCCCAAAGACCAACUCUGUCGAAGUCUUGGUCAAGUUGAGAAAGGCCGGUCUUAACAUCGUGAGAAUGAACUUCUCCCACGGCUCGUACGAGUACCACCAGUCGGUCAUCGACAACGCUAAGAAGUCCGAAGAAGUGUAUGUUGGCCGUCCACUCGCUAUUGCCUUGGACACCAAGGGCCCAGAAAUUAGAACCGGUACUACCGUGGAUAAUGUCGACUAUCCAAUUCCACCUAACCACGAAAUGAUCUUCACCACCGACGACGCCUACAAGACCAAGUCUGACGACAAGAUCAUGUACAUCGACUACGCCAACAUCACAAAGGUCAUUGAAGUCGGCAGAAUCAUCUACGUUGAUGAUGGUGUUCUUUCCUUCGAAGUGUUGGAAAUCGUUGACGAAAAGACCUUGAAGGUCAAGUCCAUCAACGCUGGUAAGGUCUGCUCGCACAAGGGUGUCAACUUGCCAGGUACUGACGUCGACUUGCCAGCUUUGUCUGAAAAGGACAAGGCCGACAUCCGUUUUGGUGUCAAGAACGGUGUACACAUGAUCUUUGCUUCGUUCAUCAGAACCGGGGACGAUAUCAAGGAAAUCAGAAGAGUACUUGGUGAAGACGGUAAGCAAAUUCAAAUCAUUGCUAAGAUCGAAAACCAACAGGGUGUCAACAACUUCGACGACAUCUUGGCUGAAACCGACGGUGUCAUGGUUGCUAGAGGUGACUUGGGUAUUGAAAUUCCAGCUCCUCAAGUUUUUGUUGUGCAAAAGCAGUUGAUUGCUAAGUGUAACUUGGCUGCUAAGCCAGUCAUCUGUGCCACCCAGAUGUUGGAGUCUAUGACUUACAACCCAAGACCAACCAGAGCCGAAGUCUCCGAUGUCGGUAACGCCAUCUUGGAUGGUGCUGACUGUGUCAUGUUGUCUGGAGAAACCGCUAAGGGUGACUACCCAUUCGAAGCUGUUUCCAUGAUGCACAACACUGCCAUCAUUGCUGAAAAGGCUAUCUCUUACCAGUCGUUGCACAACGAACUCAGAGUCUUGGCCAAAAAGCCAACUCCUACUUCCGAAACCUGUGCUGUAGCUGCCGUUUCUGCUGCCUACGAACAGGACGCUAAGGCUAUCGUUGUCUUGUCCACUUCUGGUUUGAGUGCCAGACUCGUGUCCAAGUACAAGCCAAACGUGCCAAUCAUGAUGGUUACCAGAAACGAAACAUCCGCCAGAUACUCCCACUUGUACAGAGGUGUGUAUCCUUUCAUCUACACCAAGGAAAAGGUUGCUAACUGGCAAGAAGACGUCGAAAACAGAUUGAGAUGGGCUGUUUCCGAAGCCAUUGAGUUGGGUAUCAUCCACAAGGGUGACUCUAUUGUCACUGUGCAGGGUUGGACUAGAGGUUCAGGUCACUCCAACACUGUCAGAAUCGUUCAAGCUUAGAUAUCAUAGUAAUAAAAGACAGUAAUUGAG